GGCUGCGCCUGGUGCCAGGCAGGGAGCCUGCGCUGAGUUCUCCGCACCCCCUCAGGGCCCGGGGACUGGAGCCGGGAGCCAGCGACAUGAACAAGAUCUUCCCCCGGGUCAGAGUAUUCAGAAAGCACCUAGUGUAUGCCUUCCUGCCAUGUCUCCAGGCUGAACCCUGGGGACAUAGAAGCAUCAGACCCGCUCCUGCCCCGUCUCUGAGAUAACUGUGCCCCAGAGGACAGCAGGAGUGCCCACACUCUUCUUUUUACCUGUCCACUUCUUGUCUUCUAAGUGCAACUACAAGCUUUUGAAGGGCAAGGGUCAGAGCUGUGACUGCUUUUGUGUCCUCUACAGAGCAGGGCGCCUAGUAGGACCCUAAGAAGACUUUCUUUCAUUAUUUCACAAGCAAGCAAAAAUGAAAGGAUCAAAGUCCGUUAAAGAGGAGGACAUCACCUAUUUCCACAGUACUGCAGAUACAGAAUAGCACAUAGUAGAUGCUCAAUGAACACGAACAGUAGCUAAAACCUUUAUAGCACUUACUGCGUCCCAAGCACUGUUCUGAUACGGUACCUAGCUUAAUCCUCUCAACAGCUCUGAGGUCAGCCUUAUGACCCCCAUUUUCCAUAUGAGGAAACAGGCACAAAGAAAUAAAGUGGCUUUUCAGUGUGGCCCAACUGGAAAGUGGCGGAGCUGGGAUUCCAACCAGCAUCCUGACAGUCUCCAGAAUGAGCAAUCAGUUGGCAUUGCGGAAAGGGCACCAGUUUCAGCAGCAAAAAGGUGUGGACUCACAUCCCAGCUCCACACAAGGUGACCUGGACCUUUUCUUCUCUGAGCCUCCGUUUCCUCAUUUAUAAAAUAAAGCUUGUCUUGAAAAAUAAGAGUAAUGACUAUGAAGGGCCUGCUUUGGUCUCUGCCCGAUAAGCAGCUGUCUCUCUCUCCCUGCCUCCUGAGGAGAAAGCCUCGUAGAAGGACAGGAGGGUGGGGGGUGGAGCAGGGACGCGGGACCCUCAUCCCAACUGCCACUCACCAGACUGGACCUGGGCCAGAGACAGCCUUCGGUGGGGUGGGCCCGCAGACAGAGCCGAGAGCAUCACAGUGGGCUUGGGAGCCCCCUCCUGUGGGGAAGCCUGUCCUCCCCCCGGGACCCCCGUGGGGAGGGACCACUUGUAGCGGUCAGGGCAGGGGAUCCUUGGGUCCUGGCGCUGGCUGCUCCGUCACUGGUUUCCCACCCCACACAGCAGACUGCAGGCUUUUUUGUUGCUCGCGCCGAGGGGCCUGCCUCUCAGCCUUCCUGCUGCUCCUUCUGGCAACUCUUGCAGCCCUGAUCGCCCUAGUCGUCAUCCUUGGACCCCCACCUCGCACACCAGCCGCCCAGGCCUGCGUGACGCAGAUGAACAGGACGGGAUUCCUGUGCCGUGACCAGAGGAGCUGCAUCCCGGCCAGCAGUGUCUGUGACGGCGUCCGCACCUGCGCGCACGGCGAGGACGAGGAGGAAGCCUUGUGCCGAGAAGUGCCCCGGAGCCUCCCCGGCUUCCUUGUGGCAUACUGCGGAGACCCCGCUUCCUGGAUCUACUCAGACCAAAAGUGUGAUGGGAUCAACAACUGUGGGGACUGCUCAGAUGAACUGAGCCCAGUGACUAUGUGCCCGCCCUGCGGCCCUGGGUGGUGGCACUGCCCCUCAACUGUCUUCAAAUAUUGCAGCUGUAUCCCCAGGAGCCUCUGCCGGGAUCAAGUGCAACACUGCUUCGACUGGUCCGACGAGUACUCCUGUCCUAGACCCUGAAUGGGUCACCCAGGCCAGAGUGGGAGGCUGGUUGGAAUGGUACUGAUAACCCUUCACAAGUACUAUGAAUCAAAGUACAUAAGGGCAGGAAAGAGCCUUCGAGGUCUACACACCGUUGUCUCUGAAUAGGAAUUGUCUCUCCUGCUUUCAAGUUUUUCAGCCUCUGCUUGAAUUCUUCCAGUGAUGGGGAGCUCAUUACCAUAUUAGGCAACUCCUACCAAAGACAAGGGGAAUCUGCUUCCAUGAUUUGAGGCCUGUCUCUGGAGCCACAGAGAGGAAAUUUGCUCCUUCGUUCCAAGACAGGCUUGCAGAUACUGACCUUGUCACUCCUUGGAGAAAAGAUAAGUCUUGGGUUCAAACACCAAGCUGAGAAGUUCAGCCCUUAUGGAUGGCAUAUAUAUGAAGUAUAUGCCACUUCCUGCCCCUUUGGUACCUAAGGCAGAUAUUGCUGAGCUUGGAUGCAGCCUCAGUGUUUUCCUCAGCUCAGUAAUCUUAGCCGGUCCUGCUGAUGGAUCACAUGAGAUACACAUGAGACAGGAUACUCGUCAUCCUGCCACUAGGAAGCCACUCCAGGAGGCUGUGAGCUGUAGGAAUAACAGCUUGAGAAGCCCCUCCCCGCCCUCUAUCCAUCCCUUCUCCUCCCAACCACUCCCACCCUCACCCUGUGACCAGCUGUCCAACCAAACAGCCCAGGUUCCUUCAAGUAGGGAUUGUAUUUUGGAGCCUGAGUGAAACAGCUGUUCCUCGGUAUACAUUUCCAGUUUCACAACACCCAACCAGGGAAGGAUGUAUAUCCCCAUUAAACAGAUGAGGAGACUGUGGCCCAGAGGGAGAAAUGAACAGGAUCAUACAGCCAGGUCAGGCCUGGAACUGAGACUCAAACACGGUCCAUGGUGUCCCAACCCAAAGUCUUUCCUGCUACCAAUGUGACUAUAUCUUGGCCAGAGUGGAGGCAGAGUCUCUGUAGGGUAUUUAAAAAUGUAGCUUGAGGGUCAGAAAGUGUCCCACCCUUAUUCUGAAAGAUGGACUUGGAAUCUGGCCGAUAAGAGGGUUCCUGUUGAGGGAGACAGACAUAUAUCCAUUGGAAAAUAAUAAAAUCGGUUCUAUAUGAUGUCUCAUGUGGGUUUUGAA